CGGCUUGCAGGGAGGCGCUGCUGCUGCUGCUGCCGCCGGCGCGUGGGAAAGCGAGCGAGCCGAGGGGCAGGCAGCCCCGCGCUGCCUCGGCUGGAGUAGCUGCGGGGAGUUGAGCCUCCUUUCGUGGCCCUUAGGAUCCUGCAGCAUGGAGACCCCGCCCUUCUUCUGGCUGGCGCUGAUGCUGUUGCUCCUGCCGGAUCUGCUCGCCGGGACUGGGGCGCUGCGAGGCAAUGACAAUGGUGAAACCCUCCCAGAGUCCAUCCCGUCUGCUCCUGGGACACUGCCCCAUUUUCUGCAAGAGCCAGACGAUGCGUAUAUAAUCAAAAGCAACCCUAUUGUGUUGCGCUGCCGAGCUGUGCCUGCAAUGCAAAUCUUCUUCAAGUGCAAUGGGGAAUGGGUGCACCAAAAUGAGCAUGUCUCUGAGGAGAGCAUGGAUGAAAGUACAGGCUUGAAGGUUCGUGAGGCAUACAUCAAUGUGACAAGGCAGCAAGUAGAAGAUUUUCAUGGGCCAGAGGACUACUGGUGUCAGUGUGUUGCAUGGAGCCACUUAGGGACUUCAAAGAGCAGAAAAGCUUCGGUCCGCAUAGCCUAUUUGCGCAAGAACUUUGAGCAAGACCCGCAGGGGAGGGAAGUUCCUAUUGAAGGGAUGAUAGUGCUCCACUGUCGCCCACCAGAGGGAGUGCCUGCCGCUGAGGUGGAAUGGCUGAAGAAUGAAGAACCUGUUGAUGCUGAGCAGGAUGAGAACAUUGACACCCGAGCAGAUCACAACCUGAUCAUCCGCCAAGCGCGCCUCUCCGAUUCUGGGAACUACACAUGUAUGGCAGCCAACAUAGUUGCCAAGAGAAGAAGCCUGUCAGCCACUGUUGUGGUGUACGUGAAUGGAGGCUGGUCUUCAUGGACAGAGUGGUCCAACUGCAACGUACGAUGUGGCAGAGGAUGGCAGAAGAGGUCACGGACCUGCACAAACCCAGCUCCUCUCAACGGAGGUGCCUUCUGUGAAGGAAUGUCUGUGCAGAAAAUUACCUGCACUUCAUUGUGCCCUGUGGAUGGUGGCUGGGAGGUGUGGAGUGAAUGGUCGGUCUGCAGUCCCGAGUGUGAGCACAUGAGGAUCCGCGAAUGUACUGCUCCACCUCCACGGAAUGGUGGGAAAUUCUGUGAAGGCCCAAGCCAAGAGUCAGAAAACUGCACUGAAGGACUUUGCAUUCAAGAUAAAAAGCCUCUUCAUGAAAUAAAACCCCAAAACAUUGAGAAUGCCACGGACAUUGCUUUGUACUCAGGCCUGGGUGCUGCUGUCAUUGCGGUAGCCGUCAUUGUCGUCGGUGUGACUCUCUACAGACGGAGCCAGAGUGAAUAUGGUGUGGAUGUAAUCGACUCAUCUGCCCUAACAGGAGGCUUCCAGACAUUUAAUUUUAAAACUGUCCGACAAGGUAACUCCUUGCUUUUGAACUCAUCCAUGCAGCCUGACCUGACCGUGAGUAGAACCUACAGUGGACCCAUUUGCCUUCAAGACCCCAUCGACAAGGAGCUUAUGACUGAAUCAUCUCUCUUCAACCCUUUGACUGACAUUAAGGUCAAAGUUCAGAGUUCAUUUAUGGUUUCUUUGGGUGUGACCGAACGAUCAGAGUACCACGGAAAAACACAUUCUGGGACAUUUCCACAUGACAGUAACAGGACUUUCCAUCCCAUACAUGCAAAAAACAAAGCUGCAUACAUUCAGAAUCUCUCAUCGCUCUCCAAAAGAAGUGAGAUGAGGGCCACGGGUAUCUUUGGCCACCUGGGAGGACGUUUAGGAAUCCCAAACACAGGAGUUAGCCUGCUGAUUCCACAUGGAGCCAUCCCUGAAGAAGCAUCUUGGGAGAUCUACCUUGCCAUCAACCAAGAUGAAGCCAGCUUGCAACCGGAAGGCAGCGAAGUCCUCCUCGGACCACAAGUAACUUGCGGCCCUCCGGAAGUGACCGUCUCCACCCCAUUUGCCUUGACAAUACCACACUGUGCAGAAGCGAAUUCUGAGCACUGGAACGUCCGCCUGAAAAAGAAAAAGCUCCAGGGCAAAUGGGAGGAAGUCAUGUCUGUGGAAGAGGAAACUACUUCCUGUUACUGCCUUCUGGACCCAUAUGCCUGUCACAUUCUUUUGGACUCUUUUGGAACUUAUGCUCUCACUGGGGAGCCCCUCUCUGAUUGUUCCAUUAAAGAACUGAAAGUUGCAGUCUUUGGCUGUAUGUCUUGCAACUCACUGGAUUACAGUCUAAGAGUGUAUUGCAUCGAUAACACUCCCUGUGCAUUUCAGGAAGUGAUUUCAGAUGAAAGACACCAAGGGGGGCAGUUGCUGGAAGAACCAAAGCUGUUGCAUUUCAAAGGGAAUACUUUCAGUCUUCAGAUCUCUGUCCUUGAUAUCCCUCCUUUUCUCUGGAGAAUCAAACCAUUCACAGCAUGUCAGGAAGUUCCUUUCUCUCGCGUGUGGCGCAGCAACCAGCAGCCACUCCACUGUGCCUUUUCACUGGAGCGCUACACUCCUGCCACCACUCAGCUCUCGUGCAAAAUCUGUGUCAGACAAGUCAAGGGCCAUGAACAAAUCCUGCAGAUCCAGACAUCAAUUCUCGAGAAUGAAAAGGAAACCAUCGCUUUCUUUGCACAUGAUGACAGUAACUUUCCCACUCAGAUGGGUCCGCAAGCCUUCAAGAUACCCUACUCCAUCAGGCAAAGGAUAUGCGCAACUUUUGACACACCCAGCGCCAAAGGCAAAGACUGGCAGAUGUUAGCACAGAAAAACAGCUUCAACAGGAAUUUGUCUUACUUUGCUACCCAGCACAGCCCAUCUGCUGUUAUUUUGGACUUGUGGGAAGCCAGGCAUCAGCACGAUGGCGACUUAGACUCUCUAGCCUGUGCACUGGAAGAGAUAGGAAGGACACAGCCCCAAAAUGCUAAUCUAACAGAAACUCAAAUUGAGGAGUCCAAUUUCAGCUACAGCAGACAAAAUGGACUUUAGUCAUCACUUUCGAAGAACUGAUAGCCGGCUUGGACUUUGCAACUGACGGAAUUCCUGUGAGCCGGAAGAAACCAUGUGCUACAAUCACACAUCCUUCCCAUGAUUCAUUGGCUCUCUCCUUCACGCCAUCAAACUAAUUUGCAUCUGGGGGAACAGAAGAAGCUGGCAAGCCAUAAAGAAGACCCAGGCCUCUCUACACAACUGUUGCUGUAAGAGGGGGAAAAAAACAAUCUCCCAAUGAAGAUUAAAGAUCAAAUCACAAUGAAGAAUAAAUUUGAUACUUAAGUGCAGAAAAUGAGUACGAUCUUUUGGCUACCACAGCCAAGAGAGGAAAAGAUUAAAAUUAUGGAAUAUUUAAAAGAUGCCUGAAUUUUUCUAAAUCUUAGACCUCUCUGUGUUUUGGAUUGCUCAGUUGUUUCUUCUCGAUGCGUUUUGUGGCUUUCUUGUUUAGUUUUCAACUAAAGCCAAGCAGCGUGGGCACUCACUGAGGCAAUGGCCAUUUAGGGGGCUCAGGUAAGAUGGAGCUGGUACCACAAUCACCACUAGGAAAAGUGGGGUGGGGACAGAAAACAGUGAAUUGCUAGAAGUUGGUAUCUGCCUUGGGUACAAAAACUAUGUGUGAUUAACCUGCAUUUUAAGAAAGUGGCUGGGUGCAUAAAUAUUAAGGUGUGCACUGACCGCAAGAUUUGGUUUGGGCUGCAAUUUGGCAAUUUGGAAAGCAGCUUACCUUGGUUGGAGGUGCUGUGUGAUUUGACUCAGAGGCCAUCGGAGUCUGCUUCAAUCCCCCCAUCCUCUCCACUUCUGGAAAUGUUAAAAUGGGGCUGUAACAUUUUUCCUUUUCACAGAAGUGGGUGAAAUUUGAAGGCAUUGUAGAGUCUCAAGAGUGGAUCAACACUGCUGAAUUACAGGCAUAUACCAUGUAAGUGCAACUGAUUAAAAGUCAUGCCCUUUCUUGGGGCACAAAUCUCCCCAAAUUUCAGAAGGAUACGUCCAGUGGUUUUAUUCCAAGGACAGCCAUUAUAGGGUGGGUCAAAUCACUCUGUCUCCUAGUGUUAUGUGGGGAUUCAGUUAGAAAAUUGCUGAAAAGUUGCCCCUAGGUAAGAAAUCUGCCAAAUUGCAGACAAAUUGGUUCAGGGGCUUUUGUGCUAGGCUCUUUAAAAGUUGAUUUUGGGGUGAGAAGGGAUUUUCUUUUCAGGUAAAAAUGAUUUCCUCUGCUUAUAAGCAUUCACAGUCGAAGUCUCCCUCUGCCCUCUCCCCACCCUGGCGUUAUGAUAACCUUAGAUACAUUAGUUUGCUCUUGUCAGACAUUUCUCUGCAGCAUCAUUGAAAACAUCAUUGUUUGGAUGGCCGAGGCACCUUAAAGUGCUUUAGUAGUCACUACUUCAACUUGUGGAUAGCACAACCCGUUUCCCCUCUGACAAGUCCAAAAUCCUUCCAAGACACCCUGGUUCAUCCAAAGUGGAUGCGCAUCCCUAAGUAACAUCUGUUUACUCACAUAAGAAGAUCGGACUCAGGAGACAUGUGGUUAGAUCUGACUUUUUAAAUAAAAAAUAAAAUCAGUUUUGAGGAGUUCCCCAUUUUUAAAUUGGAGCACACCCAGUGGAGGGUGUUUUCCCAACCCUUUCCCUGGUAAGAGUCGCUCUUCCCACAGGUGCUAUUAGACCUCAGGGAAAAAAAUCACAAAUAUCUGUGUCAUACCAGUAUUUUGUCCCCUAGUGGGUGUGUAUGUGGGAGAGCUAGAUUUAGAUCAAGGAAACUGGAAGGGAAACUUUCCUGCAUCGCUGCUCCCCUCAUCAGAGACCCACAUGGCACUUUUGUAUGGCUGGGGGUGGAAUUUUCUGAAAAUCUCAAUGUGGAGCUUAUCUACACGAAUCUUUUCUCAUUCCCAUCUUGCUCAUUGAUCUUGACAAGAAGUGAGCUUUUUUUUAAACUAGUUCUCCUAAAACUAUGAACAAAUAUUGCAUAUUAUAUGCAUUAUUAUACAUAUAAAAUUAUAUGCAUAUACACACCAGGUUUCCUAGAGUAGCCAGCACAUAAAUAGAUACAUUGAACCAUGCAUAUAACUGUAUAAAAACACUUAUAUGUUAAUACUUAUAAAAUUAUGCUGCAGAAAUAUGGGGCCGCCUCCUGCUUGACUUUUUUUACAUGUAUUACACGUUAUAUAUAUCUAUGUAUUUGAAUAUAAUUAGUUGACCUUCUUUAAAGAGAAAACAGGGCACAAGCAUGCUGGAUGUAAGAGAUGGUCAGAUGCAGGAAAAAUUCACCUGUGUCGGGACUUCCAGAUUUCAGGUAUAAACCUUCUUUCUCCAUUUCUAGGUGAUAUUCACACCAUGCAUUUAAAGCUUUGUGAUACUAGUUCUCUCUCAAAGAACUAUGGGAGCUGUAGUUUGUUCAGUAUGCUGAGAGUUGAUAGGAUAAACCUAUUCCCCCCGCAAAGCCACAAUUUCUAGAUUUCCCUCUAAAGAAGGAUUGGUUGUGCUAUGGGAGAGGAGCAGCUCCACCCAUACCCUCCAACAUUUCUCCAAUGAAAAUAGGGACGUCCUAAGGAAAAGUGGGACAUUCUGGGACCAAAUCAGAAACUGAGACAGCUUCUGUAAAUCCCUGGAAAAUAGGGAGACUUGGAGGAUCUGCUAUCCCUGAGCUAAGGCACUUCAAAACAAUGACAGAGUGAAAGUCGCUAAGAUAUUUUCAUUUUCAUUUCCUUGUUGCAUUAAUUUUUGGAACUCCCUCUUUUGCUAAUUAGUGCUCCCACUGGGCCUGAGCCUAAGGACUUUGGAAUCCUUCAAGCAAGAGUGGGAAGCCUGGGGCCCUCCAGAUGCUGUAGGACCCCCAACUUCCACCAGCUGCAGCCACCUUGGCCACUGCUCAGGGGUGGUGGGAGUUGUAGGACCCAACAACAUCAUGGCUGCCACUGGUCCCUCACCCCUGUUUUAAAGGUACACGUGAGAGGAAGUGAGAGGCCGCCGAGACCAUAUGACACCAGUCCUGGGAGAACUGCUUUGGCUCCCAGUAUGUUUUCAACCACAGUUCAAAGUGUUGGUGCUGACCUUUAAAGCCCUAAACCGCCUCGGACCAGUUCAAAGUGUUGGUGCUGACCUUUAAAGCCCUAAACCGCCUCGGACCAGUAUACUUGAAGGAGCGUCUCCAUCCCCAUCAUUCAGCCUGGACACUGAGGUCCAGCACCAAGGGCCUUCUGGCGGUUCCCUCGCUGCAAGAAGUGAGGUUACAGGGCCUUCUCAGUAGUGGUGCCUGCCCCGUGGAACACCCUCCCAUCAGAUUGCAAGGCAAUAACCAAUUAUCUUUCUUUUAAAAGUAAGUAGCCCUGAAGGCAGCCCUGAUUAGGGAUGUUUUUAAUGUUUAAUGAUGUAUUGUGUUUUUAAUAUGUGGUUGGAAGCCACCCAGAGUGGCUGAAGAAACCCAGCCAGAUGGUAGAAAUAUUAUUAUUAUUAUUAUUAUUAUUAUUAUUAUUAUUAUUAU